UAAACCGGAAAUACUGUCAUGGAAUGUAAACAAUUAAAAACUAGUUAAAAUGACGAUUUUUAAGUUUUAUUACAAUAUGUCACCGAAAAUUUAAAUUUAGACUUUCUAAAUUACGUUUCAAAUCAAACAUGGACAAUUAUGAGAAGAUCAGAGUCGUUGGAAGGGGUGCAUAUGGGACCGUUCAUUUAUGUCUCCGCCUGAGCGACAAGAAACACGUGAUCAUCAAGCAGAUCCCGGUGGAGCAGAUGACCAAGGAUGAGAGGCAAGCCGCGCUGAAUGAAGUCAUAGUGCUAUCGAUGUUGAGUCACCCAAAUAUCAUCGAGUAUUAUGAGAAUUUCUUAGAGGAUAAGGCGCUGAUGAUUGUUAUGGAAUACGCUCAGGGUGGUACCCUUAAUGACUAUUUACAGUCCCAGAAUGGUCGACUACUGGAGGAAGAGGAAAUUCUUUGCUUCUUUGCCCAGAUGUUGUUAUCUAUACAGCAUGUGCACUCAAAGCAAAUCUUACACCGUGACCUAAAAACACAGAAUAUUCUACUGGACAAAACGAAGAAAGUCGUUAAAAUUGGUGACUUUGGCAUCUCCAAAGUCCUCAGCAGUAAAAGUAAAGCCUAUACAGUUGUGGGGACACCAUGCUACAUUUCUCCAGAGCUUUGCGAAGGAAAACCAUAUAACCAGAAGAGUGAUAUUUGGGCACUGGGCUGUGUCUUGUAUGAGCUGGCCAGUCUGAAACGGGCAUUUGAGGCCGCAAAUUUGCCAGCGUUAAUCCUGAAGAUCAUGCGCGGCACGUUCGCCCCGAUAUCGGAGCAUUACAGCAACGAGCUGCGGUCCCUGAUCCUUUCCAUGCUUCACCUUGACCCUGGCAAGCGCCCUGACAUCAACCAGAUCAUGGCCCAGCCAAUCAUCAUCAACGCAAUCAUCAACAUACACACUGACCUUGGGAAGAUACCUUGUGCAAGGACAUAUCGGCCCAUCACUCCUGCCUUGCCAUCAACAGCCAGGAGCAGAGUACGGGGCAGUGCAGUCAGUGUCAGGGAGUCCAUGCCGGCCAAACCCCAGUCCCUGAGUAGCGUGUAUUGCUGGGGUGGGGGUAUCAACUCGGCAAUCAAGCUUCCCUUGCCAACCAAUGACACUCAGGUCAUUGAGGUGUCUGCUGGCCGGACUCAGAAAGCGGCGGUCACAAAAAAUGGGAGACUCUUCAACUGGGAGUCCCAAGGCGUAGGGGCUGACUCCCUAAUCCCUGGAGCCUUGGAUACAGGCUCACCGGGAUACUUCCCGCGGUUUCUUGAAGGCCAGUCUGCGGUUGCGAUCCAACAUGUGGCGUGUGGAGACCUGUUUGUGGCGUGUCUCACUGAUCGCGGGAUCCUCAUGACGUAUGGGAGUGGGGCACACGGGUGCCUUGGGCAUGGAAGCCUCAAUGAUGUCACACAGGCAAAGAUCGUUGAAGCGUUGCUAGGUUACGAGGUGGUGCAGGUGUCGUGUGGGGCAUCACAUGUCCUGGCAGUGACCAAUGAGAAUCAAGUGUUUGCAUGGGGGCGAGGGGAUAAUGGCCGGCUUGGACUGGGUAACGCGGAUUCACACACCACGCCUCAGGCUGUGAGUUUUCCUGAGGGGUCCAGUCCAUGUUUUGUGAACUGUGGAGUAGACUGCUCCAUGAUUAUCACCCUUGACAACAAGCUCUUCUGCUCUGGAAGCAACAGGUACAACAAAUGUUGUUUGGAUGAAAACACAAGGGAGGGAGUCACUACCAAAUCAGUGGAGGAAGUGAGGACUUUCACUAGAGUAACUUCCCCUCCGAUAGGAAAUUCCCUUGUAAAAACAGUUGCCACUGGGACGUCUCAUUCUGCAAUUGUAACAGUUGAUGGUGAGCUAUACACAUGCGGUGCAAACCAGUUUGGGCAGCUUGGAUAUCAAACGGACUUCAACAGCAAACAAGCAGGCCUGGUAUCCACUGUGAAAGACCGCAAAAUCACCAUGGUAGCGUGUGGGGAUACCUUUACAGUGGCCGUUAGUCAAGAUGCUGAAGUGUUUUCAUUUGGUAAAAGUGCGCGAGGUCGGCUGGGCCGGUCUGAUUCAGACACAAUGACUCCUAAACCAGUCAGCAUACCCAGCGAUGAAGUGUUCACUGUCGUCUCCAUAUCCUGCAGCCACGGAACAACAUUACUCGCCACUAAACCUACUCAGAGUGUGACAGACUGAUUGAAGCUGUCAUUAGAAACCAAGAGCAAGCAUUAUUUGAUUCUGAAGCCAGAUACACCGCACAAACUGCGCGGCCAAGUUGUGAAAAAACUUGAUUUAGUGCAAGUGCAUAAAGCGUCAUACCAUAAAAGCCUGUGCAGUUUGCACAGUCUAAUAAGGGUGAUACUUUCCGCUUUAAUGUAAUGACCAUCCGGUAUGGUCUGAAAGUGUUGUCCCUGAUUAGCCUGUGAUAAAACAUGCUAAUCUGGAACGGAAUUUUAUGCACAUGCAUUAAGCCUUUUUUUCCCAGAGCAAGACUAAAUUACCAGUAAAUGAUUUUUACAUAAAGUAAUACGAAGUAUUGUAGUCUUUCAUUGUCAGUGAUCUAAAGUAAUACGAAGUAUUGUAGUCUCUCAUUGUCAGUGAUCUAAAGUAAUACAAAGUAUUGUAGUCUUUCAUUGUCAGUGAUCUAAAGUAAUAUGAAGUAUUGUAGUCUUUCGUUGUCAGUGAUCUAAAGUAAUAUGAAGUAUUGUAGUCUUUCAUUGUCAGUGAUCUAAAGUAAUACGAAGUAUUGUAGUAUUUCAUUGUCAGUGAUCUAAAGUAAUAUGAAGUAUUGUAGUCUUUCAUUGUCAGUGAUCUAAAGUAAUACAAAGUAUUGUAGUCUUUCAUUGUCAGUGAUCUAAAGUAAUACGAAGUAUUGUAGUCUUUCAUUGUCAGUGAUCUAAAGUAAAACGAAGUAUUGUAGUCUUUCAUUGUCAGUGAUCUAAAGUAAUAGAAGUAUUGUAGUCUUUCAUUGUCAGUGAUCUAAAGUACUACAAAGAAUUGUAGUCUUUCAUUGUCAGUGAUCUUAAGUAAUACGAAGUAUUGUAGUCUUUCAUUGUCAGUGAUCUAAAGUAAUACGAAGUAUUGUAGUCUUUCAUUGUCAGUGAUCUAAAGUAAUACGAAGUAUUGUAGUCUUUCAUUGUCAGUGAUCUAAAGUAAUACGAAAUAUUGUAGUCUUUCAUUGUCAGUGAUCUAAAGUAACACGAAGUAUUGUAGUCUUUCAUUGUCAGUGAUCUUCAUGUGUCAGUCCGUCCUUCUUUGACAAUCAUAUAUGUUAAGUGUAAGGUUGUUAUGUAUUUAAUCCGUUAUGAGGUGAAAUAAACUAAAGAUCUGACUUGUCUAUGCCACAUGUGUUGUGUUCUCUACAUUGUUUGAGUUUAACUUGUGUACAUUUUAUUAUUGAAUUUUAAAUGUCCUUUUGAUAACUUUUAACUUAAAUUGAUGUAACAAAAUGUUCUCACCAUAAACAAAAUCAUAUAGAUAAAUUAAAAUUGUACAAACAUU